CUACAAAUGACGCGAUCAGCACCCUUUUGUUAAAAAAACUCCUCUCUAACCCUAAAUUUUUUGACAUAUUUAUUUUCUGUUAUUUGUGUAUAUAAGUCCUUUUAAACAUUUCAGGACAAAUAAUUCCAAUUAAUUACGGUAAUUAGCAGUUGUUUCUUUCUUAUACAUCUUACUGAAGAACAAAGGACAACCAUAUCUUACCGAAAUGCGAGAGGUUUUGCGUUAGCAUCAACUUUAAAAUCUUCUGUUUUGUGUUGAUCUCCUAGCAUUAGAGAUUCUUAAAAAAACAGAGACAGAUAACGAAUCUGAAUUGCUGUUUUUAGUAGAAAUAGAGUUGCCAAGGGGAAAAGAAUGAUUGUAAACAAUAGCAUCUAACCUAAAGCAUAUCAGAACAUUUUUAUUUGAUUGCGCAUCUUUAAGUCUUCAUCAUGGAUGCAAUAAAGUCGACAGAGAAUAAUGCAACAGAAGUUCAAACUGUUUUGGAUUUUUAUUUAGAUCUGAUUGAACAUUCUAAAAACCUGAUAAGGUAUUAUUUGUCUGAAGACGUUGUGUUGGACUGGUUUGGUCAUACUGUUAAGGGACAAAAGAAUGUUGCAGCAUUUAUGAAAGAUAAGGUUAACCCUGUAAAGCAUAUUUUUAAAGAGGCUAGGGCCAUUGAUAGUAUUGGAUUUAGAGAUACACAUGUCGUAAAAACCUCAAGACCAGCAAGACGAAUCUUGCGUUCAUCUCUAUUAAGCCCACCGCGGCCCACUUUACUUAACACUCCUAAAAAGCAACCCCAAGCGUCAACUAGCGCGAGACGGCAAAUAGGUAAGCCGAACUUUGACCACUCCGAAUCACCACCCGCGCCGCUGAAAAACCUUUCAGAAUCACCUAGAAAACGUCAAAAGUUGACACCCACCCAUUUCGACACAAGUGACAUUGAUAUAUUGGAGAGCGAAAAUUGUAUUGCUGACCAAAUGGUGAAAUAUUUGACAGCCGAGGGGAACGUGGAGUUUCACAGGCCGAGUUUAAAGAAAUUACAACGAGAGACGAAGUGGCGAAGGCCAAGCAAACUUCACAUUGCGUACAACGGUGGUAAGGACGUUAAAGACACUAGUUUUUACUUGAUUAUAUAUGAAGGUAAUGUGAAGUGCAGGAAAAAUCUAAUAUCUGCCUUUGAGGCGGAGGAAGCUGAAGAUUAAAUUGUUUAUUUUUUGUUUUUUUUUUUAGCUAAAGCUGUGGUUUAUUAUUGUUGUGUUAAAAGUCCGUGCACUUUAUUACUUUUUUUAAAUAUUUUUUGUAAUACAAUUUGCAUAGAAUAUAGUUUCUUUAUCGAAUUUAAAAAAAAUUGGAUUUUCUUUUUUUUUAAUUGUCUGAAACAGUGAAAUCAAAAUUUGUUUCCGUACUAUUGUGCAACCAAAAUAUUUUAUAGUUUUUUAGAAUAGCAUUUUUUUAAAAUAAUCUUUGAUAUAAUUUAGUUAAAGCGUAUUAAAAACUCUAAAUUCAAGUGCCAACGUCUUUAUAUCUCACAGAUGUGAUUAUGUUAUUUUCUAAUGAGGAUUAAUUUUCAAUGUAGUAGUAUAUGAAAUUGUGUGGCAAGGCAUAGUCUCAUUUGAGAAAAAUGUGUCGUCUGUUUAGUAUAAAAUAAAAGGGUAUAACGAUUUUUAUUCCUUUAGUAAAGAGCAUACCAAAGUAUUUUGCUCAACUGUAACAGUUUACGGGGUGAACUAAAGUUAAACUGCCAAAUCUCGAAAAUAUACCGUGAAACGAACGAUGAAAGGAUCGUUAAAUAUACCUUAUCGAAAGGUUGGUUAUAACAGAGUUAACAAACUUGACAAUUUAUUUUCUUUACCGAAUGUUUCAUUCAUACAUCGUCUUCGCCUAUAUGAAAUUUGGCAAAUAAGGUUUUUUUGUCAUCUCUUUGUUUUGGCGUGUUUUAAGUGCAAGUUUUUUUACAUUUUAUCUCGCUUACAGUAUAAACAUACGAGUCUUAAUCUCUAUGUGAUAAUUUAACUCUAGUUCACUUUGUAUAGGUGAAUUUUAUUGUUUUUUUGUUCUUGUGGGCUAUUUCUAGCAAUUAUAUUGACUAGCUUUUUAUAUAAUAAACUCACAAACAUUUAAUGUAACAUUAAGAAUCAUCCAUAAACUACGUGACGCUGAUUUUUGCUAAAAUAUACCCUCCUCCCCCAUGUUUAUGUAACACUGUAUUUUAUUUUAACACUGUACACUGUACAUGUUACUUGUACAUUAAAAGACUUCCCUCAGUGUCACCUGACGGCUUAUUUUCAAGCCUGUUCCUCUUUUGGUAAUUGAUCAGCAGCUAAACCAUAUGAUUUCUGAAUAUCUUAACAUUGUUACGAGAAAAACUGAAUUAACCCUAGGAACAAGAUGGUCUGAAAUUGAAUUGCGAUUUGUUAAAUAAAGAUUUUUCAUAAUUUGUGCCUCACGUGAGAUUUUCUGAUUCUCUCCACAUUGUGACACAUGGCGACACCACGCCAGACUCGUUUUUGUUUGUCUGAUGCGUCACGUAGUUUAUAUAUGAUCCCGAAUGUCCCAUUUUACAGGAAGUAUUUAACUUAUCUCUAUCUAAGUUGUUAUUUCGUUUUUAGCUAUAGUUUUAGUUGUAAAAGAAAUAGAUUCAUAUUAUAUUUUUGUACUGAAUUUUUCUAAAAAAUAAAUUUAGUCUGAACUUACUGGCAAAACUA